CAUCCCUUCUUUGGUUUCUCUAGUCUCCACCGUGGUUUUUCUCUCUUUUUAUCUCCACACCGAAGUUUGAAGCAUUCUUUCUUUCCACUAUUUCCAAAGAGAAAACGAUCUUACUUCAUCUCUUCACGCUCUCCCACGACAUACCAUGAACCCCAGCAUGCGCACCAACAACUUGGAUUCUUCUCCUCAAAACUGCCUGCCUUUCUCUCUCUCCUGCCCCCACUUCAACUUGCCCUCCUCUUCUUCUCAUCAUUACUCUGACCUCUGCCUGGUUCAACCUUUCACCAACACCACCACCUUCUCCAACCCGGUGGAAGAUAAUGCUGUGGAUAGAGCACAAAAAGAAGAUGCGGCGACGGGUGCAACGGACCUAUCCAUGUUCACCGGUGGGCCGAAGUUGGAGAACUUCCUUGGCGGUUCCACCGCAGUGGCGGUGCAACAACUUCCACAACUGGCUCAAUUCUCCACAGGAAGUGGUAGUACCGAUCCUGUGACGGUUUCUGAUACAAGCUAUUUGUACGAGUCUGAGCUCAAAGGCUUAGCAUCUAGCUUCCUCCGUGGAUAUUGCACGGAGCAAACAGAAACAGACGCCCGCAAACAACAACAGCUAGUCCCAGCUGAUCACCCUACGCCUAAGAAAACUGUUGAUACUUUUGGACAGCGUACCUCUAUCUACAGAGGGGUCACAAGACAUAGAUGGACUGGUAGAUAUGAAGCUCAUUUGUGGGACAAUAGCUGCAGAAGAGAAGGGCAGAGUAGAAAAGGAAGACAAGAUUCUAAUGUUGUUGUGCUUUUGCAUCAUCAACAUGGAAGGUGGCAAGCAAGAAUAGGAAGAGUAGCCGGCAACAAAGAUCUCUACCUUGGCACAUUUAGUACUCAAGAAGAAGCAGCAGAGGCCUACGACAUUGCUGCAAUCAAAUUCAGGGGCUUAAACGCCGUGACCAAUUUCGACAUCAGCCGCUACAACGUAAAAAACAUUGCCAACAGCAACCUUCCUAUGGGAGGGAUGAAUAAAUCCAAGAACUUCUCUGAUUCAACUGGUGAGAGCAAGAGCGGAGGUAGCGGAUCAGAUGGGCGUGAUCACUCAGUAUCCUCUGUUACGUUUGCCUCCACGCUCAGCUUUGCAACACCCCUCAAGCAAGACACAUCAGAUUACUGGUCUAACGUACUAGGAUUCAAUGUCGCAAAAAACUCAAAUGUUGCUCCUCCUCCGCCGUUGUUCCAAUCCAGAACUGGUUUCAACAUGGAGUUUUCUGGGAAUUCCGGCGUCAACAAUGAUGGUAACAACAAAAAUAACACAUCCAAUAGGGUUGGUCACAUUCAGCAACCAUUAGUUACACCAACUGCCUUUAAUGGUAGCAGUUAUGAUGAUUCUGCUGGGUAUGGCAACUGGAUUGUACAAUCUAUGCAUUCUUAUGAAGCUGCAAAGCCAAGCCUCUCAGCGUUUCAGACACCGAUUUUUGGCAUGGAAUGAGCUCACAUGGGAAAAACUGUGCGGUUUGGAAGAAACUGGAGAGAUUUAGGCAUAUGGGCACAGUGUUUAAAUUUUUUUUUUUUUUUUAAACUUGCGCGGAUGAGGAGUACUCACGAACAUUUUCCUGGAGCUGACAGUACUAACUGAAGUUCUUUCCUAU